UCCCCGGAAAUUACCGGGAGACACGAUUACAUUGAGAUGAGGCUGGGUCAGCUCAUGUGGCACAAUUCACACUCAUACUUUCGGCAACACUGCUGGCCAAAGACUAAAGAAAGAAAGAACAAAAAAGACGAAAAAGAGGAAAAUCUGAUGUUGAACUGGUUGGAGAAGUCCAGGUGGAGGAGGAUGCUGGAAGCCCGUGUGUCCUAAGUGAAACACACAGCCAGGCCGGACCCGGUGACCGAAGACCCCAAACCACCGGCCCUGAGCGCCCGUCCUGGAAAUAUUGGACUGGGAUCCGAGUCUCCGUGAGGCCAGGGCCUUGGCCUGCAUCAACGAGCCUGCCCACCUGAACCCGUGCAGGUUAUGAUCCACGCAAGCCAUUUGUGAGCUCUGGAUCACGUGGACCAUUGGCGGGUGCCCGGCGCUGUCGCUCUUGGAUGGUGGUGGCCAGCGGGUGGCCAGCCAGGCAGGGGAUCAAGUGGGGGUUCGAGAUCCAGCGGGCCAACCAAUACAUACAGAUCGAGGCAUACAUCGAGAAAGCCAGACCGACCCACCGACCUAAAUCUCCUCCUUGACUUGCGGCAUCGACCGCUCAUGUCCACUAUGAGGUUCGACGACACGGAGGGCGGCUGCCAGUGGAUCGCGGGGAUGGAGGAAUCUCGCUAGUCUUGGGCAGACGUGCUCUCUGGGCUGAAUGGAGUCACGGUCCAUGAAUUUGGCCCGCUCAUCCACCCCGCUUUGAAUAGCCUCUCGGAUCCGAUCAUCCAGCUAGAGUGAAUCGCGGGCGAUAAUGGCCCAGUAUCGGGGUUGCUGAGACCCGACGGGACUUGGCGGCUGGCAUUCAUUGGGCUCUAACAUGUCGGGUGGGGCUGAUUUUGAUGCCAUCUACGCGGAUCCCCCGCCCAUUGGGUCGGGCGCCCCGCUCGCGGCUUCGACGUCGACAGCGGUGGCCGCCAUUGAGGUGGAUCCCCUUUUCGAGGUCGGACCCCCGGCUUACAUUCCCGAGCCCAUUGUCAUCCGCGGGGCUGGCAACAUCACCGUUUUUGGCUUGUCCAAUCGAUUUGAUACGGAGUUUCCGCCCGCGCUUCACGCUCGAGUGGCGCCCGAAGAGUAUAAGGCCACCAUAACGCGGGUCAAUGUCACACUUCGCAAAAGUCUGCCCGUCAAUGUGCGUUGGCUAUUUUGCGGGUGUCUGUGUUGUUGUUGCACCCUGGGUUGUUCCAUGUGGCCGGUGAUCUGUCUGUCCAAGCGGACGAGAAAUCAAAUCGAAAAGCUCCUGGAUUGGGAAAAUUCCCAUCUCUACCACAAAUUAGGUCUCCGUUGGAAACUAACCCGUCAACGCUGCGAUUCCACCUUGAUGAUGGAAUACGUUUUGCUCAUUGAAUUCAUCCCGAAACAACAAAUCUACAAACCAGACUAGAAAAUCAGCGGUGGCUUAUACUCGCGAGCUCACGUGCUGAAAUUUGUCCACCAAGGACGGCUCCCUAAUAACUCGGUAUCAAAUCGCUCACCAGGCUCGUCUCGGCGGUGCAUUGGCCCAUUCGAGUUGUGUAUUGGGCUCCCCAUGUUCUACGUCAGAAGCGACCCAAUCUUCGUCGUUCGGAACCCCCUCCCCGUCAGAACUCUCUUGUACAAUUGGAUUGGCUGGGCCCUUUGUGCACGGACAAGAAAGGUUGCUAGUGGCAACGCUAGUGAAACUGUGAAUGAGCGAGCCUCGGUCAUCGGUGGACUCUUAAGGGCUCUACCACUCAUGAUGGUUGGGAUCUUUAUUUGUGAUGCCCCGGUGCGUGUGAUACUCGUUCUAAAAUUGCUUUAAGAUAGAACUUAUGAUGGAACGAUCAAUGCCAGUCACUCAUUGAAUAAAUCCGAUUGUUUGACAUGUUUAA